AUGGAUUCGGAAAAUCCGUACACUCACAUGAGAGAAUUUGAAGAGGUCUGCGGCACUUGUGUCGAUCAGAAUGUCAAUGAGGAUACUGUGAGGCUAAAAUUGUUCCCAUUUUCAUUAAAGGACAAAGCUAAAAUGUGGUUGAACACAUUAGAGUCGAGAUCAAUAGGAACAUGGAGAGAAAUGCAAACUAAAUUUUUAAAGAAAUACUUCCCAGCUAAUAGGACAGCAUCCCUUCAAAGACAAAUGAUGAACUUUGCUUGUAAACCCACCGAGUCAUUUGCUCAAGCCUGGGAUCGUUUCAAAGAUCUACUUCUUACUUGCCCACAUCAUGCUUUUGAGCAGUGGCGGGUGGUUAGUUUUUUUCAUGAUGCCUUGACCCCCAACCUUAAGAUGUUAGUGUCAACCAUGUGCAAUGGUGAAUUUUACGAGAAGACACCCGAAGAAGCUUUUCAUUUUUUCGACACUUUAGCUGAGAAUACUAGGAAUUGGGAGGUAAGUCCAUUGUCUUUGGAAGACUCAAGAGAGCAUGUCAGUCCACAGCCUCGAGGAAAAUUUCAAAUAAGUGAAAGUGAUAACAUCAAUGCCCGGUCAACAGCAUUAACAAAGAAGAUGGAAGAAUUAGAGUUAAAAAAAACCAAGGCCGUCCAUGAAGUGGAAGUCCUUUGCGUGGUCUGUGAGACGAAUGGCCAUAUGACAGAAGAUUGUCCUACCAUUCCUACUUUUAAAGAGGUCCUAUAUGGCCAAGCGUCUGGAGCACAACCACGUCACACAGAGGGUAGGCCUUAUCAGAAUCAGAGUGGGAACUACUCAGGGUACAAUCCUAAUUCCAAUACAUAUCACCCCAACUCCCGUAAUCACCCUAAUUUUUCAUGGAGAAAUGAUUCUGCUGCCCAACCCCAUGCACCAUUCCCCUCACAGCCACAGUCUUACCAACCAAACCAAGGAUCAUCUAGUGCAUAUCAACCUCCUCAUAGGAGAUCUCUAGAGGACACCCUACAACAAUUCAUGCAAGGUCAAAUAGGAACUAAUACCCAAGUAGCCAAGUUUCAAGAACAAACAAAUAGGGCUCUAGAAGACAUGAGAAGUCAGCUAACUAAGUUGACUCAGACCUUGAGUGUUAGAGAACCAGGGAAGUUUCCCUCACAACCAAGUCCGAACCCUGUAAGGAUAAACAUUCCUUUAUUGGAUGCAAUUAAGCAAACACUUUCGUAUGCUAAGUUUUUGAAGGAUCUCUGUACAGUCAAAAGAAAAAUCAAUGUGCAGGAAAAAGCAUUCUUGAUGGAACAAGUAAGUGCUAUCCUUCAAUUCAAGACCCCUCCAAAGUACAAGGACCCAGGAUGUCCUACCAUUACUUGCAUAAUUGGAAGCCAAAAAGUCGACCAAGCACUUCUUGACCUAGGGGCUAGUGUCAAUCUGUUGCCUUUCAGUGUCUAUCAGCAGUUAGGGUUGGGAGAACUCAAGCCCACUAGGGUCACUCUUCAAUUGGCUGACCGAUCAGUAAAAGUUCCUCACGGGAUUGUGGAGGAUGUCCUAAUCCAAGUGGACAAAUUCUAUUUCCCAGUGGACUUUAUUGUCUUAGAUACCCAGCCCCACCAGGGUCCUCAGUUACCUAUUCCCGUUAUCCUAGGGAGACCAUUCCUUGCUACUUCGAAUGCAAUCAUCAAUUGUAGGAAUGGGAUCAUGAAACUAUCAUUUGGGAAUAUGACGGUGGAGAUGAAUGUUUUCAAGGUAGCUAAGCAACCAAAUGACGAAAUGGAAUUGGAGGAAGUUGAUUUAGUCCAGACCUUAAGUGAAGAAUACUUUGAGAAGGCUCUUUAUGAGCAGGUUAUUUAUAAAUUAGAGAAGCAAACUUCGAAAGGGAUAGAGCCUGACGUUGAGUCAGCCAGGGUGAUCACACAACUGAUGCCUGGCCCAGAGCCAUUGAAAUUACCUGGGAAUGAAACCCCACCAUCUUUGGUCCGCCCACCCCAACUUGAGAGAAAACCAUUGUCGAAUCACCUUAAGUAUGCAUUUUUAGGUGAAAGGUAG